AUGCCUGACGAGCAGAAUACCCCGCUUAACCCCAACAACAACGACAACAAGGGCGAGUCGUCCACGAUGGGCAGGAUCGCCCACGACGUCUCCGAGAACUUCUUCCAGCCAGACCAACUCGACGAUCAACCUUCCUCACCCAACUGCUGCGAAUCUCCCACCAGAGCUGACAACAGGUUCUCGCAGGGUGCCCUCAACCUCCUCCCCAGGCGCGGAGAAGGCUUCCGGAUCAAGCAGAAGCGCUCCGACAACCUUCCCGACACGGACUAUCACGCGAUCAACGACCCCACGAUCCGCGUUCGUGUGCCCAAGAAGAAGCCCACCCCCGUCAAGGUCGAGGCCAAGGUCUGGUUCGCCAACGAGCGUACCUUCAUCUCGUACCUGUCCAUGGGCAUGCUGCUGUCGACCAUCGCGACUGGUCUUCUCUUCGGCGCCAAGGACAGCGUCGCUCGCAAGUUCGCUUGGGUUUACGCUGGCAUUGCCGCCGCCGUCCUCAUCUACGCUUACGUCGUGUACCAGCAGCGUCUGACGAUGAUCGCCUCCCGCCACGCCGGCUCGUUCGACCAGCUCUGGGGCCCGAUCCUGAUCUGUGUCGCUCUCUUCGUCGCCAUUCUCGUCAACUUCAUUGUCCGACUCCAGGACGCCAGGGAAAAGCACGGCCACACCAACCCGCUCUCGUUCACCAACGCGUGGAAGGUCGCCGGCGAGAAGAGCACUUGGCUCAACUAA